AUGGAUCAAAACAACUGGAUAUAAAAGUCUUCUGUUUAAGAAUUUGGAAUUGACAAGAGUGUUUAGCAGCAACAAUAGUAAGGAUAACCGCCAGCCUCUUUGAUUCGAAGAGUGUCUAAACGUAAUGUUGCAAUCAGGCCCACUCAGGAGACAGGAAUGGCUCAGAUUUAUGAAACAUUUCACCCAGAACAAAAAGCAUAGACCCUUGAUGAUAUCAAAUUCAUCAUAAAAUGCUUUUAAAGUCAUUUUGUAUUUAGCUCAAUGACUGAAACAUAAUUAACACAAUUGGCACACAGUAUGUUCUAUUGCAAAUUACAAACAGGAGAAGCGAUAAUCAAAUAAGGGGAUGGAGCUAGCUCUUUCUUCAUAAUUUAGAAGGGAAAAAUAAAUGUCCUGGUGGAUAAUGUACCACGUAAAGAAUUGACAACCGGAUUUGGGUUCGGAGAAUUGGCAUUAUUAUAUAAUGCACCCAGGUCAGCCACAUGCAUGGCAGUGGAAGAAUGCUUUCUAUGGGGAAUUGACAGACACACUUUUAGAAAGAGCAUAGAGACCAUCAUGAGGAGUGAAUAAGAGAAGAAUAGAAAAUAUUUGGAGAGUGUUAAAUUUUUUAAUUAAUUAACAAGAGAGUAGAAGGAUGCCGUCGCAGGAGUGCUCAUAUCUUAAAAAUUUAAUUAGGGAGAGAUCAUAGUGAAUGAAGGAGAUUAGGCUAGUUCAUUCUACAUUAUCGUGGAGGGUUAAUGCGGAGUUUUCAACAAGGAUGGAUAAUAAAUAGCAGUUUUGAAUCCAAGUGAUUCUUUUGGAGAGUCAGCACUCAAACAUGAGAAUCAGGUGAGAAUGAUGACCAUUAAAUCCAUCCAAAAAGAUACGAAAGUGUUGGCAUUGGGAAAAGAUAUGAUCUAAUAGAUCUUAGGUGAUUAGGUGCAAUCCAUCAUCUACAAAAAUAUCUGCAAAUGGGCCUUGAAUUCAUCUAAGUUAUUCAGCAAGACUCAAUCCACAUAUCAAGAUAAAUUGUUAGAAGGAGUGUAAAUUAAGAAAUUGGCUGCAAAUUCUAAAGUAAUUACAAAGGGAGACAAAGUUGGACAACUAGUCAUCCUACUUGAUGUCGAUGCAGUUGAUGAGACCAAUGCCAAAGUACUUAAGGGAUCGAUCCUAGUCGAAGAUACAUUACAAGAUAAACUCUAAGGCACUUCUCAUGUCAAAACAUUCACAAUUGAUGGGGAGGGACAUGUAGCCAUCAUAGAUUAUGAAUCAUUCAGAAAGGCACAAGGCAGUGUUGAGAAGAUUUAAUAAGGAAAGGCUUAGUAAUCAGAAAAGGUCAAUGCAUAUGAAGAGUAAAUCAAAAGCUAACCAUUCAAAAAUUUAAUAUACCUUAAUAAAUUAGGAUCAGGUUAAUUUGGUUCUGUUUACUUAUGCAAAUUCAAGGAAUUGGAGACUCUGUUUGCUCUCAAAUAUGUUACCAGAGCACAUGUGUAAUAAUUUGGAAUUCAAAAACACAUUUAAUAAGAGAAGGCUGUCCUAGAAUUGAUGGAUCAUCCAUUCAUUCUUAAAUUUUAUAGAUCCUACAAAGACAAUGAAAAUAUCUAUUUCUUGACUGAGUAUAUUCCAGGAAUGGAAUUGUUCGAUGCCAUCAGAGUUAUUGGAUUAUUGAGUAAGUAUGAUGCACAAUUCUAUGCUGCUCAAAUGUUGUUGUAAAUGGAAUAUUUGCAUACAUAACACAGCAUUGUUUACAGAGAUAUUAAACCAGAGAACAUUAUGGUGGAUGAUAAGGGAUUCUUGAAGUUAAUUGAUAUGGGUACAGCUAAGUCAUUUAAGAAUCAAUAAUCAUCGAAGACAUUCACAAUCAUUGGAACACCUCAUUACAUGGCACCAGAAGUAAUUUCAGGAAAGGGUUAUGGCUACUUUGCAGAUCUCUGGAGUGUGGGAGUUUGUAUUUAUGAAUUCAUCUGUGGUGGAUUGCCAUUUGGUGAAGAGGCAGAAGAUCCCUUUGAAAUUUACAAGGAAAUCAUCAAGAAACCCAUCAGCUAUCCUCACUUUAUGUCUGAUAAAUCUGCCAAGCCUUUCAUUGAACAAUUGAUGAAUAAGAUCCCAGAAGUUAGAUUAGGAGGAUCCUACACUACUUUGAAGUCUCAUGCUUGGUUCAAAGAUUUUGAUUGGGAAAAGCUAUGGACCAAGUCACUGAAAGCUCCCUUAUUGCCAGGAAAGGACAAAAUCAUGACUCCAGCCCAGAUUCAGACUGGCUAACAACGUGGAGUCUUAGUUCAUGAUCAAAUUUAGAAGGAUACUUCUGGGUAGAAGAAGGUAUUGGCUAGUGCAAAGGAUGCAGAAUGGGACAGUGUGUUUUGA